AUGGUAAUACAAAUAUUUAGUAAAAAGAAGAAUUGCAAAUAUGUAAGUUAUGAAAGUGAACACAUACUAUUUCUAUCCUCAUUUCAAUUAGCAUUUGCACUUAUGUUUUGCAUAUAUUGUGAAUUGUAUUAUUUAUCUAUAAUGAAUGUUGGAUUACUAACAACUUCUCUUUUACAUUGGAAUAAACCGGAGCUAGGAUUGAGAAGAAGUAUUGAUAUAUUAAUGGCGAUAAUGAAUAUUAUUAUUCACAUAAUUUAUUCAUUUCAAAUAAACAUUUAUUGUGUAUUAAUUUGUUUUAUUUCUACUAUAUUAGUAACAACAUCAUAUUUAAUUGGUAAAAAAUUUAGUUAUAAUUCUUACAGUGCUAUAUUUCAUUUGUUUAUACAUACAACUGGGAAUUUUACAGCUUUAACUAUCUAUUAUUAUGCAAAAAAAAAAAGUAUCAAUUCAUUAUAA